CCGGGCUCGUUGUGUGUUGGCGUGAAACUUGACUUCCAAAAUGAACAGUUGUCGUCACAACAUGUUCAAAUAAGUAACAUUAUACAACGCUGUGUUAUCCAUAUUACAUUUGUAUUUGUGUACUUUAUGUAUUGGUGUGGCUCGCCGACAAAAACGUUGACGACGCGUGCUUAGCUAACGCUAGCUUCCCGGCUAGCAUGCUCCGGGUUGGGCCUGCUGAUCUUCGAGAGCUGAGCCGGCAGCAGAGCUUCGUGGCCGGGGAGCGCUUUCGCCCGUGCCGGGUAAUCGCCACUGGUAAUCCCGACCAACAUUUCCACGUAAUUCAUUCACUCAUUCAUAAUUACGUGUUUAUUAUUGUAAAUGAGCGUAACGUGUAGCUGUAACGUUACGUGACUGGUUUGUGCAUUCUUAGCAUGGACCUAAAAUAACACAACAAAAAAGGGAAAAAAAAACAAUUCAAAAAAAUGUUAAGGCUGCUCAUAAAUCGUUUUAUUAUGUGACGUCAGCUUGUUAAGGCUGCUCAUAAAUCGUUUUAUUAUGUGACGUCAGCUGAUGUGGUCCAUACAUUUUCUAGACCUCUUCUCAUCAGGAACAAUCAGGUGGAGUUUACUAUCCUCGGUGAUUUUCAGCGAAAAGCCAGGUAGACCAGGAACUGGUCGUUAGCCAAUGACAGGACACAUACAAACAGUGGACUGGUCGCCAGUCAGUCACAGGGGCAUACAAGUCACCAAUGUCAGAGUACAUAAAGGGCUGAACCCCCCCCCAAACGCCAGAGCAUUUAUCAUAUUUUAAUAACUAAAAAUGUGACUUCAACAGAGAAGUGAUGGAGGCGGUGCCGUCUGAGCCGUCCGUCAUGGCGGUGGACCUAUCCAAGAGCUUCUCUGCCGCGCCCAGGACCAGGAACCACCUCGCCCCCGCGUCGGACCUCGCUGCCAAGCCCGAAUGGUACCGCAGACAUCCGGCCGGCUUGCACAUCGACUCGUCGUAUAGAUCCGGAAGCUACGACGGGGGCGCUGGCAUGGAGCCGAGCUACAUGAGCGCCGCACUCCCGACCGGCGUCUACCGCGACGGCGACCUGUGGUGUCCCUCUUUCUACCAGGCUGACGCCAGCUGCGAGGACGACAGCGACAGCGGCUCUGAUGUCAUCGUGCUGCUGGCGGCCGCCAAGGAGCCGCUGGUCUGCGCCUCCUUCGUGGCGGACGGCGUGCGGCCCAUCGCACAGCCGUUGUCGCCCGCGCCGUCCUCGCCGGGAUGCUGUGAGCGGGCGCAGAAUCUCACCUCGCAGAGCAGCGACACGUCAUCGGAGGAGGAAGAAGAGGAGGAUGAAGUCGAGGAGUCGGAAAGCUCAGCGGACAUCCCGCCGCAUCACGCCAGACCCAUCGUGCUCCUGGCAAACCUCAGUGCUGACCACACCGACGCCAGCCACUUUGACGCUGCCCGCUUCGCCCGCAGCUGCGGCACCCGCACCAACCCCGCCGGCCGCGUGCUCUCGCACACGGACAUGUCGAGCGACGACAGCGAUGUGGUAGAAGUUCCCGUCACCCAGAAGAGACCAACGUUUCCUCCAAAUAGAAGUCAGGACGAAACUGCGGCAGUUGAAUGCAAGCGCAGCGACAGAAUCAGGGCAUCCUCUAAGCAGGCGCCCCUGCCCACCUGGCCCGCUCGGCACCGUCUCGCAAGAAGCGUAAAGAAAGAUACGGUGGGCGUUUACUACGAAAACUGCGACUCCGACGACACCAUUGGGUAUGCGAGCGAUGACGACGCUAGUCGAUGGCACACCAAAAGCGAAUCGGACGACUCGUGCCAACGCCGCGCCCGCAACACAUCUCACGAUGAUGGCCGACGUCCCACCACGGACAAAUCUGAUAACAUUCGUCAAUGCCACAAAGCCGGAGAAACUGAUCAUUCUCACCAACAUCGUGCCGCUAACAAAUCAGACAAUUCUCACCGGCGCCGCGCCACCAACAAACCAGCCGACGCUCAAAUAAGUUCAACAAAGCAAAAGUUGUCAUCGUCCGCCAAAAAAAACGUGAAGAGGCAACGGCGGAAACGUAGAGCGUGGUGUCCGCCAUCGUCUCUUUUCUCGCCGCCGGAGCCUGAAAUCAAAUUGAAGUGCACCGCCGCGAAAGCACCAACGAAGAAGAAGAAGAAAACGUCGGACGUGUUUUGUCCAUUUGUGCGAGUUCGGCAGCGCGCGAAUGCGCAGUGGAAUGAGGUCACGGUGGUCAACCGUCAGGACCACCAGGACGUCAUGCACGAUAAACAAAGCGCCGCCCGCUCUUCUUCCGGGGUCAUCCCCAAGACCUCCUGUUUUCGUCUGGGUCGGCUCACCGAUUUCAGCACCGGCUCCGACGCCACGCAACCGCUGUGCUGCCUGUGCGGUCACGUGGCCAACGCCAACGGACUGGGCGACCUUCACGGGCCGUACCUUCCCAUGUCGCAUUCGCUCGCCGAGUUAUCGGACUCUCGUGACACUGACACGGCGCUCCCGAAUUCGCGGCGCCAUCUUGACGAGCGCUGGGUCCACUCGGACUGCAGCGUGUGGAGCAGCCAAAUCUUCCUGGUCCGAGGAAACCUGUACGGCCUGGAGGAGGCGGAGCAGCUGGCGCGCGCCACGAUGUGCUGUUGGUGUCAGCGAUCAGGUGCUAUUAUGGGAUGUUCACACAAAGGAUGCACUGGAUAUUUCCACUACACGUGCUCGCUAUUCUCAGGUUGCGCGCUAAACGAGGACAACUUGUCGCUGCGAUGUUCACAACAUAACAUGACCAAGUGUCAACAACUACGACGUCAAGGACACACACAGAGGAAAAGUUGGCGAGCGGCACGGCGUCGCGUCAGGUGACACGAGGCGACCGCUCACAUCACUGACACGCGACUGAACAUCGAGUCACACGACUCAACACAGGCGCUCCGGAGUAAUCUCACGGGGCGGGGCCUUGUAUGACCACACCCACUAUCCUAUGACAUCAUCAAAGGCAGCCUGCACCUGCGCAUCAGUCAACGCCGAUCUAACGUUACGGUGACACGUUGAUGAGCGUCACAUAGACUAUUAUUAUUAUUCAGAAGUUCAUUAUUGUUAUCGUCGCUGUUGUGGCCGUUACUGGGAUACGCGUUCCACACAGUCGCCAUCCCAUCAUAAACACACAUUUUCACAUCUGUUGUUAACAUUAGAUCAAAUUCAGUACUUUUUUUUCCCCCUUUAGAGUAAAGAUCUUUUAUUUUUAAAGUAAUGUAUUCAUGGAGAAUAAUUGUUGUUUUUGGUAAACAAGCAAAGUUGCAUAGUUGCUGCUACGUUUUGUGACGAUCACACAUACCAGGAAAAGGAGUGAACGAACGUCUGUGUUCCAAUUCUGACCAAUAUCUCAGACUGCUUAUCUGAAUUGUUUAGUAGUACUUGAUUGUUCUAUUUGAGGAAGGAAGAAUAAAUGAUUAAUUGCCAAUCAAUGUUAUGUUACUGUGACUAGGGCCCAACCGAUUAUUAGGGUGGCUGAUUUAAUCCGUCGAUAUUAGUCCUUUUCAAAUUUGCUUUUUUUUUUUUUUUUCAAAUUUAUUAUUAUUUAUGUUAACACAUUGUAACGUAAGAUGAAGAUAUAUAAGAUAUUUAAAUAAACGUUCCCCCCCCCGACCCCUCCAAAAAAAAAUCGGCAAAAAAGUGCCGAUUCAUGCCAAUUAUUUUCUUUUGUAAAGUUAAUUACUAAAGGACAAAGUAUUGUAAAGCAAUCAAAUGCCUGGAAUUCAUCUCUUUGUCGUUAGCGUCAAGGGAACAAGAGAGAAUUCAUUAUAUAUUUUUUAUAUCAAUUAACCAGUUAACAGAGUUUUAUUCUGUCAAAAUGUCGGAAUCGGCCUUAAAAAAAAAAUCAUAUUGGUUGGGCCCUUAUUAUAACAUUAUUUUAGUUCGUCUAAAAAUGUAGAUUAACAAAAGUGUAGACCAGUUGCAGGUGGAAAUCUGGUAAAGUCCAAAGUAUUCCGAUUUGUUACUUUUUGAUUUUGUGUAUUUUCAUUUUCCAUUCAUAUUUAAGGUUGCUCGUUAAAAGUUGUAAAAAAAUAAAAUAAAAAUUCCGCAACCCACACAAAUUGUAACCUUGGAAACCAAAUGCCCAUCUAUUCAUUUUCUUAUGAUUUAUUAUUUUCGCUAUUAGGGUUUCAGAUGGACUGGUCGCCAGUCAGUAUCAGGUCACAAACCAAACUGGACUGGUCGCCAGUCAGUGUCAGUGGGGAGAUGAAAUUUGAACCCCGAUCCCUUGACCUGUAGGCAGACGUGUGGUUCACCGCUACGACGACAGGUCGUAAUAAUCAGGUUAUGAAUGAAAAAGUGGGAAGGAAAUAAAAGCAAACACGCAAUUGUAAAUUUACGAUUUUCAAAUGUGCGUUGUGCUGCUUGCAAUAGUGCGUACGGCCACCAGGGGGCGCCCGAACACUAAAUGUUUGAUUUGGAUCUUUGCAGGAAGUCACCAGGACGACUUCCUGUGUGCGCACUUGUGGUCACAGUCGAUUGCAAAAAUAAAAAGUGGUGCAGACACACCCUGCUACUUUCCCGACACGCCACACACACACACACACACACAUUCAAUAUUAAGUAUUUAUUGUGUAUAUGUUGAAGAAUUGUAUAAAUAUGAGAAAAUAGCGAAGUUUCUUUAUAAAUAUAAAUCAGUAAAAACUUUGAAAAGAUACAAAAAAAAAAAAAAAAAAAAGGUUUAGUGACUGGAGAGACUUGCAGAGAGGAAGCAGGAAGGAAGCUUGAGACUUCCCGUUCAACAUUUGGUCGUCUGCGAGCUCUUGUUGGCGUCCAUGUUGGCCACCAGCAGCCUCAGCGAGUCGCCCGAAGAGCGGAUCGCUUCCCUGCCACUGUAGACCAAAAGGGAUUUAAUACCGAAGAUUAGCAGUUUGCCAUUCACGGAUUCUCCCGUUUUUGUUUUUAAAGUGAAUGUUUGAAAAUGUGUUCCAAAAGAUGAAAUACAAAUGUAUUUUAAAGUACUGGACUGGAUUCAAGUAAGUUAAUUCAGUAAUUCUUUUGCAUAGCAAUAGAGGGAGACGGCACACCACACUUGCUUUAAGCAAAAUAAAAAUACAAAAUAAAUUGGAAAUAAGGUUUUUGUGAAAACA